GUAGAGUCUCAUAGGGCCACCUCCGCCCAGCUGACCGGCCAGGGCCCGGGGACCCGGGAAGGGGUCUCUGACCAGAGGCAGAGCCAGGAUGGGGGGCGACCGGCAGCACUACUACGGCCAGCAUGGAACGCCUCAGAAAUAUGACCCAACAUUCAAGGGCCCCAUUUACAACAGGGGCUGCACCGAUGUUAUCUGCUGUGUGGCCCUGUUCAUAGCCAUUGUGGGCUAUGUGGCUGUGGGCAUUAUAGCCUGGACCCAUGGAGACCCCCGAAAGGUGAUUUAUCCUACAGACAGCCGUGGCCAGUUCUGUGGGCAGAAGGGGACACCUAAUGAGAACAAGCCUUUCUUGUUUUACUUCAAUAUCCUGAAGUGUGCUAGUCCCUUGGUGCUGCUCGAGUUUCAGUGCCCAACCACGCAGAUCUGUGUGGAGAAAUGUCCCUCUCGAUAUCUUACCUAUCUCCUAGCCUCUACCCGCCCUCAGGACCUGGACUAUUAUAAAAACUUCUGUGUUCCUGAAUUCAGCCAAAGUAAAACCAGGAAGAGUCCAGCAGAGGUUCUUAGGGAUGGAGACUGCCCUGCUGUCCUCACACCUAGUAAACCUUUGGCUCGUCGAUGCCUCCCAGCUGUGGAGACCCACAAAGGUGUCAUCACUGUGGGCAAUGAGACUACAUUCGAUGAUGGUCGGGGUCAGAAGAGAAAUGUAUCAGAGCUGGUGGAGGGAGCCAAGAAGGCCAAUGUGGUGCUGGAGGCAAGGCAGCUGGCUAUGCGUGUGUUUGAGGAUUACACUGUGUCCUGGUAUUGGAUUCUCAUUGGCCUGGUGAUUGCUAUGGCUCUGAGCCUCAUCUUCAUCAUCCUCCUUCGAUUCCUGGCUGGGAUCAUGAUCUGGAUUAUGAUAGUCAUGGUCAUCUUGGUGCUGGGCUAUGGGAUCUUUCACUGUUACAUGGAGUAUGCCCGACUCCGAGGUGAAGCAGGUUCUGAUGUCUCCAUUGUGGAUCUGGGCUUCCAGACUGACUUUCGGGUAUAUCUGCAUCUAAGGCAAACCUGGCUGGCCUUCAUGAUCAUCCUGUGUGUGCUGGAGCUCAUCAUAAUCCUCUUGCUCAUCUUCCUGAGAAAGCGUAUCCUCAUUGCCAUUGCUCUCAUCAAGGAGGCCAGCAGGGCUGUGGGCUACGUCAUGACCUCCCUGUUGUACCCACUUUUUACCUUUUUCCUCCUGUGCCUCUGCAUCGCCUAUUGGGCCAGCACUGCCGUCUUCCUGUCCACAUCAAAUGAGGCUGUCUACAAGGUGUUCAACAACACAGCGCCCUGUUCCGCCGUUGGACAGACUUGUAAUCCUGAGACUUUCCAGACCUCCAACGUGACGAAGUUGUGCCCUGAUGCUCGAUGCCAGUUUGCCUUCUAUGGUGGAGAGACUGGCUAUCAUCGGGCUCUGCUUGGCCUACAGAUCUACAAUGUCUUCAUGUUCUUCUGGCUAGCAAACUUUGCACUAGCUUUGGGCCAGGUUACACUGGCUGGAGCUUUUGCAUCCUACUACUGGGCCAUAAACAAGCCAGAUGACCUUCCUGCCUUUCCCCUCUUCUCCUCCUUUGGCCGGGCACUCAGGUACCAUACGGGUUCCCUGGCAUUUGGUUCCCUCCUACUUGCCAUUGUACAGGUAAUUCGAGUGAUACUCGAGUACCUGGACCAGCGGCUCAAAGCUGCAGAGAACAGGUUUGCCAAGUUCCUCAUGACCUGUCUCAAGUGUUGCUUCUGGUGCCUGGAGAAAUUCCUCAAAUUCCUUAAUAGGAAUGCCUAUAUUAUGAUUGCCAUCUAUGGUACCAACUUCUGCACGUCUGCCAAGAAUGCCUUCUUCUUGCUCAUGCGGAACAUUAUUAGGGUAGCUGUCUUGGACAAAGUCACCGAUUUCCUUUUCCUCUUGGGGAAGCUUCUGGUUGUGGGUAGUGUCGGAAUUCUGGCAUUCUUCUUCUUCACCCACCGAAUUAAGAUUGUGCAGGACACAGCACCCUCCCUUAAUUACUACUGGGUUCCCAUUCUGACAGUGAUCAUCGGCUCUUACUUGAUUGCUCAUGGCUUCUUCAGUGUCUAUGGAAUGUGUGUGGACACUCUGUUCCUCUGUUUCUGUGAGGACCUGGAGCGUAACGAUGGCUCCCCCGAGCGUCCAUACUUCAUGUCCCCUGAGCUGAGAGACAUCCUGCUGAAGGGGAAUGCUGAGGCCGGGAAGAGUGAACCACAGGAGGAAUAGGGUGUUCUUGGGUGUGGGGGUGUUCUGGGCCCCCUCCUGACCCAUGGGGUGCCAGCAAUAUGUAUUUGUAGACUGGGAACCAGGCGAGGGCCCAAGGCUACUUUUUUCACUCAGGAGGUGGUGGGGUGAGGGCACAAAAACCUUGUUUAGGGACAAGGGAGAAGGCUGGUUUGUGUUUGUGUCUAGGGUGAACUGUCAACCCCUAGGCCUCUGGCCUACUCCUUGACCCUCAUGUCCUUUCCACCAAUGCCAAUGCCCACGCCCUCCCCAUCUUUCCUGCCCCCGACCCCUAAGGUCUCUGCCCUCUCAUGGACCCCCCUCUCCUGGGCCCUCUCUCUGCAGUGGAGGACCUGGAGCGGAAUGAUGGCUCCGUGGAGCGGCCAUACUUCAUGUCUUCCAACCUGAAGAAGCUCUUAAACAAGACCA